CAUUUUAUCCCCGGAUCGUCUUCUCCAGACUAUCAUCGCUCAUCGACAUAGCGGAGCACAAUUGUCCGGGCAUUAGCCUCAUUGGAUGGGUACAUGCGUUGCGUGGGACGAUCUUUGUGUGUCUCUCCUCUCACUAGUGAUUGGCAAGCUCUGUUCUGGUCUGGGUACAAUAACAUUCGAUUCAUUUCGCCAUCAUUCUUCUGGUGUCGCCACUUCUCGAGCAUAAUCCGCGACCCUCCUUAUCUGACCAAGCCAGCAAGAACUGGUUUGGCAGCGAUAGACAGUGAGGCAGAAAAUCCGUAUUGAAGAGACACGGGCUGUUAGCGACUUGCAGCGAAAAUGGCUACCAGCACGAAGCAGACCUACCCGGUCCUGCCCAAAAAUCUACUGCUCAUUUCCUUGAAGAUGUAUUUCGAGCCGUCCCGUACUCUGGAAUACUGCCGUGCGCUACUUGAUCCAAAAAAUGACAUUGUCCGCCCGGAGAACCGAUCCAAGCUCCUUCUCGCGCUAAUCCCGGACUUUCUUACGAUUUAUCCCUGCGCAGAAAUCAUCAAAGAGUAUGUCUCGACGCUACCAAAGGACGAUUCUCCUUCGCUUCCCGCCCCAUUCCUGCUCGGUGCACAAGACUGCUUUUGGGAACCGCUGGGUGCCUACACUGGCGAAGUCUCACCACUGUCUCUUAGCUCCUUGGGUGUCUCCAUCGUUGAGUUAGCUCAUGCGGAGCGUCGCUCCAUCUUCGGUGAAACAGACGAACAGGCAGCACGCAAGGCCGCCGCAGCCUGCGCUCAAGGAAUGGUGCCUUUAGUGUGCAUUGGAGAAAUCAGCGCCCCUGGUCCAGUGGCUUCGGCAGCAGUUGGACUUGCAGUACGGGAAUGCGAACCACUUGUUCGAGCGAUAUUGAAUGCCAUUCCGGCCGAUGCACCUAUCAUAUUCGCCUACGAACCUGUCUGGGCCAUUGGAAAGCCUAAGCCCGCAAGUGUGGACCACAUCUCUGCUGUUGUGGAUGGUCUUCGCGCUUUAAUCGGCCGGAGAUCGGGAGACGUUCGCAUUCUGUAUGGAGGCAGUGCUGGCCCCGGUCUGUGGGGCCCUGGGGGUCUGGGGAAAGCCGUCGACGGCAUGUUCCUAGGCCGAUUCGCACACGAUAUUGAGGGCGUGCGUAAAGUCGUCCGCGAAGUCGAGGAAUCUCUUACUUGA